UCCAAUUCCAAUGAUGAAAUUUCAUUUUUUUCUUUGCCAAUUGCUAUGGAUUCAGAUGAAAUUGAUGCAACAGAGAGUUUUGAAGAACAGUUUAAACCAGUGCUCAUGAAUGGAGAGGAUCAGCUGUACUGUGAAAACUGCAAAAGAAUGACAGACAUGGAAAUGAGCUGCACCAUUUCUGAACUACCAGAUGUCCUGACUCUGCAUUUGCAGAGGUUUGUCCUGGAUUACAACUACAUGACUUAUGUAAAGAACAAGUGUCAUGUCAAUAUUCCUCUCCAGUUACCAGCAAAGGAAGAGAGUGGUCACAUCUAUGAGCUGUAUGCUGUAAUCAAUCAUGUGGGUUCACACCUUGGUGGACACUAUUAUGCUGACAUCAAGUCAUAUGAGAACCAGCAGUGGUAUCAAUUUAAUGACUCCAUGGUGCACAAGAUUCAGGAACUUGAUGAACUUGAUGAUGUCAGAAGCUUGCAGAACCACUUCAGGUCUGACAAGGCAUGCUUGCUUUUCUUCAGAAAAUCCAUGUCCAGUGAAUCUACACCACAUAUAAAAAUUAAUGAUUGUCAUUACGACGAUCAGUCCGAACCUAUUUUAUCUAGAGUGAUGGACUUUCAGUCCAGCGGAAGCAAGUUAAACAAUGAGUCAAAAAGAGUGAAAGAACAAGAUCUAUCUGAACAUCUGAACACUGAUGAUUUUAACUCUGAGACUGAAGCAAAUCCCUCAGAAUCCACAAAAGAAGAAUCUACAGAAGAAUCUAUAGAAAUGAAGUCAGUUCAUGGUGAUAAUGGCCAUCAGUCCAAACCAUAUGUUUUUUAUAGUGCAGCAGAAGCAAAUAUACAGUCAGAAACUUCUGAAAUUACUUCUAAUAGUAGUCUUGAAGAGACACCAGUGGGUGAAACACAUAAAACGGAUUUCAAAAAUAAAACAACAAAAGACAAUCGGCCCAAAAAGGAUACUCAUCAAUCUCCAGCACAAAUACAAGAUUCAGGAACUACAGGAAGCACUUUCUUCAAAGUCAGUUACUCAGAAAGACCAGAGCAGCAUACACAAAGAGCAAACUCUUGGCCACAAGAAAAUCAUGUGGAGCACAGACUAAGAAGAAGAGACAGUGAAUGCAAAAGUCCUCAGACUAACACCAACAUUCAGACCUGUACAUCAGUACAUCAGUACUUCAGUACUGACAUUAAAAACAAUUACGAUUCUCCGUCUACAGUAAAAGAUAAUCAAGAUUUGCAGAGUGACCUGAAAAACAGUGAUUUUAGCACUAUCACGGUAACAAAGCCCCCACAACCUGUGACAGAAGAAUCUACAAAAGAUAUAGCAAAGUUCUCAACUGAUGCUGAUUAUGACUAUCAGUCUGAAGUGAUGGACUGUGCGCUCAGUGAUAGUGACAAUGAGUCAAACAGAGAAAAAGAAGAACAAGAUCUGCAGG